AUGCUGUCUCCUGCCCCAGAGGAGCCACUGCUGCUGGCCGAACUCAAGCCCGGGCGCCCCCAUCAGUUUGAUUGGAAGUCAAGCUGUGAAACGUGGAGCGUUGCCUUCUCUCCGGAUGGUUCCUGGUUCGCCUGGUCUCAAGGACACUGCAUUGUCAAGCUGAUCCCCUGGCCGCUGGAGGAGCAGUUCAUCCCUAAAGGGUUCGAAGCCAAAAGCCGAAGCAGCAAACAUGAUACAAAAGGGCGAGGCAGCCCAAAGGAGAAGACGCUGGACUGUGGGCAGAUUGUCUGGGGCUUGGCCUUCAGCCCGUGGCCUUCUCCGCCCAGCAGGAAGCUCUGGGCACGCCACCAUCCCCAGGUGCCAGACGUCUCUUGCCUGAUCCUUGCCACAGGGCUCAACGAUGGGCAGAUCAAGAUUUGGGAGGUACAGACAGGGCUCCUGCUUUUGAAUCUGUCUGGCCACCAAGACGUCGUGAGAGAUCUGAGCUUCACACCCAGUGGCAGUUUGAUUUUGGUUUCUGCAUCCCGAGAUAAGACUCUUCGCAUCUGGGACCUGAAUAAACAUGGUAAACAGAUUCAGGUGUUAUCGGGCCACCUGCAGUGGGUUUACUGCUGCUCCAUCUCGCCAGACUGCAGCAUGCUGUGUUCUGCAGCUGGGGAGAAGUCGGUCUUCCUGUGGAGCAUGCGGUCCUACACAUUAAUCCGGAAGCUGGAGGGCCACCAGAGCAGCGUGGUCUCUUGCGACUUCUCCCCCGACUCUGCCUUGCUUGUCACGGCUUCUUACGAUACCAAUGUGAUCAUGUGGGACCCCUACACUGGCGAGCGGCUGCGGUCACUCCACCACACGCAGCUCAACCCCCCCAUGGAUGACAGCGAUGUCCACAUCAGCUCCCUGAGAUCUGUGUGCUUCUCCCCCGAAGGCUUGUACCUCGCCACGGUAGCGGAUGACAGGCUCCUCAGGAUCUGGGCCUUGGAACUGAAAACUCCAGUUGCGUUUGCUCCUAUGACCAAUGGUCUCUGCUGCACAUUUUUUCCACAUGGUGGAGUUAUUGCCACGGGGACAAGGGAUGGCCACGUCCAGUUCUGGACGGCUCCUCGGGUCCUGUCAUCACUGAAGCACUUAUGCCGGAAAGCCCUGCGAAGUUUCCUAACAACGUACCAAGUGCUAGCGCUGCCAAUCCCUAAGAAAAUGAAAGAGUUCCUCACGUACAGAACUUUUUAAGCCAGUCUCCACAGUCUUGUUUCCUCUGUAGCAGGAUAAAUCUUCCUGACGAGUAGCUGGAGCAAUGGGCCA